ACGAAAGGGUUAGAAGCAGUUUAUUCGCGGAUUCAACAAUCAUAUGUGAUUGACAUGUAUCAAAUAUUGUUCUGUAGCUGCAGUACUACUUUGUCCCUGCAGUGGGUCAGAAACAUAAACACAGCUGUCCCAUGACGACAGUCACGUACACACUAAUAAACCAAGGCGCACGAAUACAAAUAACUGCAACAUAAACCAAAUUAUUUUCACAAUAUCACUUGUAAUAUAGAAUGGAUACGAAAUGCUCAUCGGUUAUUCAUUUCAGAUGCAUUUCCGUGCUAAGGGGUGGACCUAUCUGUGCUCAUUGCCCAAUGAACGUUAAAUGUGUUUUGCAAUACCGCCACAAAGUUAUGUGUGGUUAAAGUACGAACUGUUGCUUUCAUUGUUAUUGAGAGCUGCUGUAUUGAUGUGCUUUGGUAGACAAUGGUUAUGGUGUUGUGUGUUUGGAUUCAUCCAAAUUCACACUGUAGUGAAGGAGUUAAUAAACAUAUUAUAAUUUAUAAAAUGAAAGCGUUGUGCUAGCAUUCGGCUAGCAAAUCGAACAAUUAUGUGGUGUCUAGUAAGUCAACCGAAUUCUGUGAUAUUAGAAAUUAAAGUUGAUCCAAAGGCGAAAGGCCAAGAAUGCUUGGAAAAGGUAUGCCACUACCUUGGAAUAAGCGAAGAGUCGGAUUAUUUCGGCCUUAAAUAUCAUGGAGCAAAGGGUGAAGAGCUAUGGCUUAAUUUGCGCAAUCCUAUAGAACGGCAGGUGGUGGGUAUUCCUCCACACCGUUUUGCUCUAAGAGUGAAAUUUUGGGUCCCUCCUCAUCUUCUUCUUCAAGAUUCAACCAGGCACCAGUUUUACCUUCAUGCAAGACUUGAUCUUCUGGAAGGUAGGCUUAAAGUAAAUGACUGGGGUGUAACUGCCAAGUUGGCAGCACUUAUGGUACAAGCUGAGUCUGGUGAUUUUGAUCCCCUGGCAUCUCCACAACCUCACAGCUUGUUUUUGGAACAAGGCUCCCAAAUUGGGGCUGGAGAAGACUGUAAGCCUUCAGAUUUUCUACACAGGGUGGCAGUAGAACACAAGGGACUGAAGGGCAUGAAGGCAUCAACAGCAGAAUACUGGUUGCUGAAGGAAGCAUCAUGCUCUGACAGUUUUGGAGAAGAAGUGUUCCACAGCAAGCCAAGUAGUGAGGGAAGUGUGGGUGCCUGUUUAGGAGUUGGUCCCCAUGGCAUCUGUCUGCAUCAUGGUGAAGAUUUGGCAGAAAAACUCAGCAUUCCAUAUACAGCAAUUCAGACUGCAGCAUCGCAGCGUCGAUUGUUUCAUUUGGUGUAUGCUGACAUAGAUGGCCAUGAGGCUUCCCUGCAGAUCAAAUUGGAAUCUUCACAAGCAGCCAGUGGUGUAUACAGGGCAAUUACUGAAAAACAUGCUUUCUACAGUUGUGAGACAGUUCGGAGUGCUGUGACUGCACAAUUUAUAAGAGAUCUCAAGGGUACAAUUGUGUCCAUCUUCAAUGAAGAUACAUCUCUUGGUAAAAAAUAUGUAUUUGAUAUUCGACGUACGUGCCGUGAAGUGUAUGAUAAUGCAAGGCGUGCAUUGUAUCAGAAUUCUGGAAAUAAUGGGGGUUCUCAGGUGUCUGCUUCACCCUCUCUAAUUAAUACUGACCGACUUUCUACUGGAGGAAGAAGUCAGCAUGAGAGUGGUGAGGAUGUCACUAACAGUGACUGUCUGAUUGAACAGUGCAAGUCUACACGAGCACGAUUGGCAAGGCUGCUGGAAGCGAUGUCGUGCCGCAUUUGCAUGGACCGUGCCAUAGAUACUGCAUUCUUCCCUUGUGCUCAUGUGAUGGCAUGUGGUGAGUGUGGAGCAAGAUGUGAUAGGUGUCCACUUUGCAGGGCACCAAUUCAACACUCGCAGCGCAUCUUUCUGCCUAUUGAACUGCAAGAUACUGAUCAUUUGCUGCAGCAACAUCAAAAUUCCAACCAUUCUGAAGAGCAGUUUGAAGACUGUGCUGACCAUCAUAAUUUCCAUGAAGAACUGCAGAACCACUCACAACAAUUGUUUCAGGUAAACCAGUCACACCAACAGCGAUGGCAACAUAGAAAUGGUCUCAAUCAGUCUCACGAACAGAUUAUUGGAGUAAACCAGGUAGGCAGUGUAGUUGACCAUAUCCUGGACCAGUUGGAGCAGGUGAAUCAAACUCAAGAAAAUUGUGUCAUUGGUGAUAGCUAAAAUCUUAUGCAAACCAUACACUAAAAUCCAGACUUCAGGAUUCUUUGUCUGUAGAACAAAACUGGUGUACAUGUUUCUUCAUUCCAUAGUCUGUUAAUUAAGAAAUUUAGAGAAUGGUUCUGGAAUACCCUUCUCUGGUUGGUUUCAUAUAGUUUUGGGCUUGUGACUGAAUAGUGAUGGGAAUGUGACUUUAUUAUUUGUACUUCUCUUUAAAAUUGUACUGGCAUUAAUAUCAUGCAUAUUAAUUGACUUUUCUGUUUGUAUAACGCAGUAUUCUUUUACACAGGUUUGAUGUUAAAGUAUAAGCAUAACUGAUUUGCAUAAAUCUGUAUUACAAAAUGGGGUUCCGUGAUUGACAUUUUCACUUUUGAAUGCUACCCUUCCAGAAUUCUCUUUUAAGAAAUGUUUUUGAAAUUCAGUUAUUUUCAUUGGUACUGAUAGGUCUUCAUUGAUGACAUAAAUCCACUGAAGAAACAAUUACAGUGAAUCCUCGAUGCAUCAUUUUUGGCAGGGGUGGGAAAUAAAAACGAUGAAUACGGGAAAACGAUAGUUGCGGGAAAGCAUUAACAAUUUUAAAAAAACUGAAUGUUUCUCUUUCAAAGUUACUGCUUUUUACCAAAAAAGUCUUUAAUGG